UUGUUAUUUUUCUCCAAUGUGGCGAAAACUGUUAACUACUUCAUUAACAUCAUGUAGAAGUCAUAGAUGCUUCAAAGAUGUAUGCUCAUCACAACCCUUCAUCCGUUGUCCCUAUUUGUUUUCUGAAUUCAUCUCUUUUCGCGGGUAUAAAAGAGUUUCUGUAUCACCCUUUUUUCCAGUUCAUCAUGCUUCACUUUCUAGCCCAUUUAUCUGUUCCAGCGGGGGAUCCGAUUUUGUUGAUCAUUUCUCAGCGUAUGUGAAGUUGUCUAUUCUUCUCGGAGGACAGUUUAGGCAGCUCUGUACUUUGGAAAAUGUUGCCGUGACAGAAAUGAAUGAUGAUGAUGGUAAUUUUGCUGAUAAGUUGCACAAAAUAGUGGUAGAUUAUUCAAAACCAGAGUUUAAAAUGGAGGAAGCUCUUGAUAGAGCAUGUGUCAAACUGACAACUCCAAUGGUUGUAGAGGUGUUGCAUAGGCUUCGUUAUGAGGAGAAGACAGCCUUUAGGUUCUUUACAUGGGCCGGGCAUCAGGAGCAUUAUAGUCACGAGCCUCAGGCAUAUAAUGAGAUGAUGGAUAUAUUAUCAAGUACAAAAUAUAAGGUCAAACAGUUUCGAAUUGUUUGUGAUAUGCUAGAGUACAUGAAGAGGAACAACAAGAAUUCAGUUCCUGUUGAAGUGUUGUUGAAUAUGUUGAGGCAAUACACUGAGAAAUAUUUGACCCAUCUUCAGAAAUUUGCUAGGAAGAAAAAGAUUAGAGUGAAGACACAGCCGGAAAUCAACGCUUUUAAUUUGCUUUUGGAUGCUUUGUGUAAGUGUAGUCUUGUUGAGGAUGCUGAAGCCAUGUUUAGGAGGGUGAAAAGUAAAAUCAAACCUAAUGCUGACACAUAUAACACUUUGUUCUUCGGAUGGUGCAGGGUCAGAAAUCCUAGUAGGGGAAUGAACAUACUUGAUGAAAUGAUUAAAAUGGGGCAUACUCCUGAUAGCUUUACGUAUAUUGCAGCCAUGGAUACAUUUUGCAGAGCAGGGAUGCUGACAGAGGCUACUGAACUUUUGGAAUUCAUGAGAACAAAAGGUACAACUAUGUCUUCUCCCACUGCAAAAACUUACUCGAUCCUCAUUGUGGCCCUUAUCCAGAGCGAUAGAAUGGAGGAAUGCUUUAAAGUUGUUAGGGAAAUGAUAGACAGUGGAUGCCUUCCAGAUGUCUCCACGUACAAGGAAGUCAUUGAAGGCAUGUUUUUGGGAGGAAAGAUUGAGGCAGCUUAUAAAUUUCUGGAAGAAAUGGGAAAUGGGGGUUUUCCUCCAGAUAUUGUCACUUACAAUUGUUUUCUUAAGGUUCUUUGUGACAAUAAAGAUAGUAAAGAAGCAAUUAGGCUUUAUGAAAAUAUGAUCAACGUGGGUUGUGUUCCCAGUGUACAGACUUUUAAUAUGCUAAUUUUAAUGUUUUUCCGGAUGGGUGACAUUGAUGGAGCCUUUGAGACUUGGCAUGAGAUGGAUCAAAGGGGUUGUAAGCGUGACAUUGAUUCAUACUGUGUGAUGAUUGAAGGACUUUUUGAUUCUAACAACAUGCAAGAUGCAUGCUUUCUUUUGGAAGAAGUUGUAAAAAGGGGAAUGAAAUUGCCAUUCAGAACAUUUGAUUCUUUUCUCAAGAAGCUCUCUGCGGUUGGUGAUCUUCAAGCUAUUCACAGGCUAUCAGAGUAUAUGAGGAAAUUCUACAACCCUGCUAUGGCACGACGUUUUGCACUGAAUCAGAAGCGGAAGAGCAUGAGGUUGAGAGGGAAAUAAGCUCUCAAUACACACUGGCAUGUGGCUAAUCAGCAGGUUGUUGUCGGGAUUUUUGGCAGAACCCUGGAUCCUUGGGAAAUCUAAGAUUUGUUCCUUGCUUUCUGAGGCUUGAUCUUUGACUGAUUGCUUGGCUGAAUUACUACAUGGAUCUUGAAAUGAUUAAGAGGGAUCAAGUACUAAUCCUGAUUCCUGAUGUGAGAGCAGUCUGACAGAUAACAUGGUUGUGGCUUUAUAAUAAGUGAAAGAUCAUAGGAUUUGCUGCGCAUGCCAAUCCCUUACCUAAGAAGUUGAAUGAGUUAUUGACCCUGCCUCGAGAAGCCAAAGUUAGGUGGUCUUAAAUCACACUAUGCUGAAUUGAGUGGCAGAGGCUGAAACGGUAGCACUUAAAAAGUCACCUAUUAUUAUUCACGGACCAGCAUAAUUUGAAAGCAGUAUGUGACAUAGGAUGCCUAGUUUAGCUGGCAUUGGAGGAUUAGUUCUCUUCAAUGGAUUGUCACCCUUUCAAGGGCCUUCAUAAUCAGUUUGUAAUUUCAAGAAGCAAGGGCCUUCAUAAUCAGUUUGUAAUUUCAAGAAGCAAAAUGGGCUACGGAUGCUCUUGCAAAUCCUAGCUGUUGAAACAAUAGGAGAUGAACUAAUCUAUGGCUUCUGCUUCACCAUUUCUUCACCAUUUCUGGUGAAAAGGUUUAGUUUUGACUAUAUAGAAGUCGUGCUAUUUAAGAAUUAUA